GCAAUGCCUAAACGCGGUAAAAAAAUUCAAAGGAAGGUGCGGUGCGUGCGCGCGUUUGAUAAACGCUCCAGGUGCUGUUGAUUGUUCAGUAGUAAUUUUACAUGGAUGUUGUGGAGCUAAAGAGAAUCGUUGAGUCAUGUGUUAAUUAUCUUGUUAAUUAUCGAUAGAUUGCACAAUGCCAAGGGAGAAACCAGAAGCCCUCAUUCAAAUGUUUAGAGCACCAAAACACUCCAGGCUCCAACCCUAUCCCGGGUUUAAUCACACAGUGGUGAUGGUGAACAGGGCCAGGGACCCAGUGCACUCCAUCCUCCGUCCAUCUGUACUCAUCUGGAAAAGCCAUCGGGCCAAGCAGGUUUUGGGGGUGAUUGGAGGCUCUGUCGGAACCGGCUCCCGGACUUGGCGUGUCUGUGACAGCCCCUCUCCCGGGCACCAAGGACCAUUCUGCCUUCAUCCUGCCGUGACUGACAGGUUUUUAUGAGCUAUCAAUCACCUUAACAAAGCUGCAGCAUGAGAGAGAGCGAGCCACUGCCAGGGGAGGUCUGACCUGCGGCCUAGCGUGACAUUCAGGGAAGGAGACCUGCUCACCCAGGAAAUCCCAUUACACCAAAGCAUGAUGGAUAUCGCUCCUGGAUAAAGCUCAUAUGUAGUCUGACAUAUAAUUUGUAAAAAUCAUAUGGCCACGUUCACAUUUCUGUCUUUCAUUCUUUCGAAACUCCUCACUCUCUCCUAUACUUUAGCCUAAACACAAUGUCUCACAUACUGAUGGUCCAGAAUAUUCUGCGGAUCCGCACAUCUGACUCCUCUGCAGAUGGCCAGGAAGUGUCCCAGCCCAGGAAGGGUAAAAUGGCCCCAGUAUGACUAUGGUAUGUCAGUGGGGGAGCUGAGAAGUUUGCUAGUGUAUUGAAUGCACUCUAAACUGUAUAAACUUGUCAUCAUAUCGUCUCUGCCAUGUGGAGCAGUGGAGGCUGUUGAGGGGAGGAUGUCUCAUAAUAAUGUCUGGAAUGGAGUCAAUGGAAUGCUAUCAAACACAUCAACAAUGUGGUUUCCAUGUGGUUGAUAGCAUUUGAUUUACUCCAUUCCAGCUAUUAUUAUAAGCCAUUCUCCCCUCAGCAGCCUCUACUGAUGUGGAGGUAAUGUUAACAUUAGCAUUCUCAAUUUGUUCAGUUAUAAUAUAAGACUAUUGAUUUUAUUGUUCAGUUCUAAUAUAAUACAUACUAUUGAUUUCUUGCACAAACAGGAUUUGGCUCAUAUUUUUUUAUUUUUUUUAGUUCUUCAACCCAGACGGCCAUUUUUAUAGAUGUCUGGGAAUUUACUCUAUUAAAAAUGAAGGACAUUAAUAUGAGAUCUCUGUCCAUUUUGGGAUGCAAACUGAAAAAUACAUGUUGGACUUUACUGUUCACUGCUUUGUUUCACAUUAUGAACUCAAUAGGCAUUUUUUUUCCUAAUCUAAAAACAAUAUGAUAUGAUUGUUAAUAUGGUGCUUUAUAUUAUUGUUACUCCAUUACUAGAACAGUAGAUAGACCACAAAGUGUCUUUGUGAAGAGGCUAAUGUCACUAUAUUGUAGCUUGACAUAGAUGACCCUCCACUGCUUUGAACCUGUGGUUUAUGUAGACAAGUCAGAGAGGCUAUCUACAGUGCAUUCACUAUCUGUAUGAAGGGGCCAGGGGAGGUAUAGUUUUAUUUGCAAACACGUUAUCACUCUACCUCUGAUCAAUACCUCCAAGCAGCUGAUGGCAUGCUCCCCACAUGGGCAAAGGUGAAGAAAGAAGCCCCUCCCCGUUGUGAAACAGAGUAGAGUGCAGACCGGUUGAACUAGCAAACUCUGCCCCCAGUGGUGAAAUAUGCCACUCUCUCCCAUCCAGUUACAAUAAUACUCAAACUUGAGAAUCGGGCAUCUUUUGUCCAUAGAAGUCUACUGAAAUUACAAAUAUCAAACAUUGAUCAGCGGUACUGAAAUACCUUGAAUUCUCAACUGACCUGCAGUAACUGAUAACACACUGUAAUGAUGACCUUUGAUCUGGUCAUAUACUUUAGUUUUUGCUGUACCUUUUUUCCUCAGCUGUAAAAGUGAUUAAGAUAAGGUAGCUCCUUGACUGUUUUGGCUGUUUUUUUCUCUUCCCAGUGAGUCAUGUUUACCUGCCUACAUCUGAACCCUCACCUUUAUUAUACUCUACUCUGAUAAGAGAGUCGCAAACAAACAGUGGGCCAAAUCUCAGUGUCUCUAUUUCCCUCCUUUAGAAGGCCGUUUGGGAUCUGUCACACUGAUCUGGAACAUUAGCUACCAGCUAAAUGCAUACUGGAUAACUUGUUCUGUUAUACAACCUGAGUAAGAAUUGCCUGCCAGGAAUACUGGGAUGAGAAAAGGAAUAAUCUAAAAGGUACACAUGAUUCACUGGGCCAAGGAAAACAUCAGCACAGGACAGGAACCAGGACUUUGGAGGCCUGUGACGAGUGGAGGAAUAGCAGCGUCACACAGAAUGACAACACAUUGAUUUACCUGAGCUAGACAAUCAGGAAGACACAGAGGAAUUAAGUGAUUGCGCUGAAAUAGUGGGUAAUUUUGGAACAGAGUGGUGAACUGAAGAGGAAGGUCGUGCAGCAGCCUGUUCUGGUUCCUUUGCUCAUAUAAAUCAGACUUUUAUUUGGGCCUAGUGUGGCCUCCUGAAGCAGUGACCAGAACCAUGAAGCUGUCAGGGAAUGUGCUGCAUCUGGACUCCACAGACUACAGCACCACCCUUGAUCCCUCCUACACCAUGCUGGAGUUUGACAACCUCAGGGUCUUUCCUGUAGAGACGGAGUUGAUGAUGCCGGAGCCUGCCCCUCUGCUGCCACAGACCAAUGGGAGCGUGUGUUCCAUAUGUGCAGACAGGGCCACAGGUAAACACUACGGUGCUUCCAGCUGUGACGGCUGCAAGGGCUUCUUCAGGAGGAGCGUCAGGAAGAACCACGCCUACACCUGCAGGUUCAGCAGGCAAUGUGUUGUGGACAAAGACAAGAGGAACCAAUGCCGUUACUGCAGGCUUCGGAAAUGUUUCCGAGCAGGCAUGAGAAAGGAAGCUGUGCAGAACGAGCGGGACCGCAUCAGCAGCCGCAGAGGAGAGGGACAGGGGUUGGGCACUCUGUCAAUCAGUGUACUGCUACAGGCAGAGGCCAGCAUGCAUCAGUUUCCAGCCCUGACCUCCCCUAUGAGCUGUGACAUCAACACCAAGAAGAUAGCGCUCGUGGGGGACGUGUGUGAGUCCAUGAAGCAGCAGCUCCUCCUGCUGGUGCAGUGGGCCAAGCGCAUCCCCGAGUUCUGCAGCCUCCCCGUUGACGACAGGGUAUCCCUGUUACGAGCCCACUCUGCUGAACACCUCAUCCUAGGGGUGGCUCGACGCUCCCUGCCUUACAAUGACAUUAUCCUUCUGGGUAAUUACUUUGUGAUCCCAGUGAGCGGUCCUGAGGUGGAGAUGUCCAGGGUGGCUGCCCGGAUCCUGGAGGAGCUGGUCAAGCCUCUGAGAGAGCUGGACAUCACCGACAGCGAGUUUGCCUGCCUUAAAACCAUAGUCUUCUUCAGUCCUGACUGCCCAGGGCUGGAGGCCCCUCAGACAGUGCGUCGGCUGCGUUUCCAGGCCCAGAUGCUGCUGGAUGAGGCCACCUGUGAACAGCGGGGGCGUUUUGGAGAGCUGCUGCUGAUGCUGACCCCCCUGCAGAGUGUGGCCUGGCAGAUGGUGGAGACCCUGCAGCUGGCCAGGCUCCUGGGGGAGCCCAGCGUGGACAGCCUGCUGCAGGAGAUGCUGCUGGGGGAGGGGGCCACUGGGGGCCUGAGACAACGCACGGGGCACGGUACACUCCAGAGAGGAGAUACUUACAGUCCUAACUCAAAUGUAAUGGCGUUCCCCCAACCCCAAGAUCACACCUUGUCUCAGGACCUAUUCGGAGGCAAUGUCGGGUUGCCUAGCAACUUCACAUCAGUCAUCCUACCUGUUCCUAGCUCUCUGCCAGUGGUGCCUCUGGUGCCCACACAGAAUGGCACUGAGGUGUACAGACAUGGAGAGGGGGCAGACAUGCCCAUAGAGUCUGCCCACAGCAUGCCCAUGGCUCCUGUCCACACCUGCCUCUGAGAAGCAGACCAAGCAGCAGCAGCUACUAUACAGAGAGGAGAAAAAAGCUGUGUGGUCUAAACAUGCACACACACACACACACACACACACACACACACACACAUCUAAUCCACGUUUGGUUUGAGUAAAAUGUUGUUGUUUUUAUUUUAAUAACCACUUCGAGGAAAUACAACACAUUUUCAGUGCAGCCCUCUGAGCCUCAUUGAAGACCGAAUGCGGCUCCUGGGGCAAAAUGAGUUGCACACACCUGACCUGGUGUUGGUGCAUCCAGGCCGUACUACUAUAUGAACACAACAUGAAGUAGAGGCUGUUACAUUGAUACUACUAACCCAAAAAUGGACUUUGACUCAACCAGCCAGUCCUCUCCCUUAUCCACCUUUGCACAAUGCACAUUACACACAGGGAAUAUGAUGCACACAAUUAAUAAUUGAUCAGGAAUUGUUCUUUAUGUUAACCAUUCACUGACAAUUAAUAUCAUAAAAUCAAUGAAGACCACAGCUCAAUAGUAUGUUAUCUUUAUUAGAUCAUGGUUGGGUGAGUGAGUUGUGUUGGCAUGUUAAUUAAAGACAGUGAUGUCACAGUGGUGAAGUAAGAACAAUUUCAUGUUUUUUAUAUUCAGGAUCAUUGUCCAUGCAGAUGUUGGUACUGUUAAACAUUUUAAAGUUACUCAUAAUGUUUAUUUUUUAUUUUUAAAGGAAAUAAAUGAAAAAUAAAUUUGUAGAGCCU